AUGUCUACACCAACUCCCAAGGUGGCCCGUCAAGUGGAUGACACGAUUCCGCUCGGGCAAUCUAAGAGAACUCUAUUCGACUUUGAGGAUUUCGAUCAUUCCUCGAUUCCUUUUGAGAAGGAGACAUGGCCAGUCAUCAUUGUCGGGUCGAGCAUGGUCGGAAUGACACUAGGUGUUCUUCUCGGCUUCCACGGUAUCAAAUCUGUUUCGUUCGAUCGGCAUCCGUCGACUGCAAUUCAUCCCAGAGCGGCACUGUUCCUUUUGCGCUCGGUGGAGAUUUUCCGCCAACUUGGUCUCGAAAACCGCCUGCGCGAGAAAAGCGCAUUGAACUUUGACCUCGACGCCGGCAUGAUCAUUGUUGAGAACCUAUCGGGUGGCAAAACUCUCAUGAAACUGCAAGAAAGCGAUCCUACUGAGGUUGCUAAAGUGACUCCUAGCCAGCGCCUGUGGCUUACCCAAAAUAUGUUUGAGCCUCUUAUCCGCGAGAGUGCCGAAGCCUUCGGAGCGAUCCAAGAAUUCAACGAGUCUGUUGUUCACUAUGAGGAGCAGCCUGACGGGGUGGUGGUGGUAGUCCAAAAUCUUCAGACAAAGAAAUUGAGGAAGUUCAAAACGGACUACUUAGUCUCCUGUGACGGCAACAGAAGUGCGACCCGACGAAAGGAAGGCAUCCAAUGGAACGGCCCUGGAAUACUUGGUCAGAGUAUAUCCAUUAACUUCCACGCAGACCUAACACCGCAUCUCGGCACACGAGCCAAGCAUGGCGUGACUUAUAUAUCCAACCCAAAGAUUGAUGCUGGAUUCAGGCUUGAAAGUGGUGGAAAGGCCGGAUUCAUGAUUGUCUCGCGAGCGGGCGACAAGAAACAAUUUCCACCAGACUCUGUCAGCGAACGUGAAGCGAAACAAUAUUUCAAAGAUGCAACAGGCAUUGAAGAUAUCGACAUCGACAUCGACUUUAUUUCAUAUUGGUCGGUAGCCGCGUUCAACAGUGAACGCUUCUCUAGCACCCAGGGCCGUGUUUUCAUUGCUGGAGAUGCUGCCCAUGUGAUGCCCCCGACUGGUGGAAUGGGUGGUAAUACAGGAGUACAGGAUGUCCAUAAUCUUGCGUGGAAGCUCGCAUAUGUUCUCAAAGGCAGAGCAGGCAAAUCUCUGCUUGAUACAUAUACUUUGGAACGUCAGCCAGUUGCUGGGUUCCUGAUGCGCCAAGCGUAUUCCAGAUUACAGAAGCGUGUUCUCCAUACGACUCCCGACGAGCCAGAGCUUCCGGAUAUUGUCUGCGAGCUCGGCUAUAGGUAUCCGUCAGGCGCCAUCCAUUCUUCAACACAGGAAGCAAAGGAAACCUCACUACACGAAGACCCCCACGCACCUCUAGCAAUUGCUGGGUCUCGUUUCCCUCAUGUGGCCCUCACUAAGCUUGGAGAGACUGAGGCGAUGGUUUCUACCAUUGACUUGAUUAAGACCAAUUUUGUUAUGUUCACAGCGGAUGGUGCGUCUUCUUGGGUCGCAGCUGCAAAGAAUAUGGCAAUGAACAUUGACACGUAUAGUCUCCAUGAGACGUCAAGCCCCCUCCGGGAUGAACAAUGGAAACUCAAGUCUGUAACGAAACUAUCUUCUGGAGAGGCAAUGCUUGUUAGACCGGAUGGUUUUAUCGCGUGGAGAGCUGCGAAGAUGGAAGAGGGACAUGAGAAGGCCUUAGGUGAUGCCCUGAAACAGGUCCUCGGCUUAUAG